AUGGAAGAUAAGCCAUUAGGAUUCCUUUGCAAUGACGUAGACACCCUUGAGGGUGUCCUCUUGAAGGUGCAGCUUAGGCAGCUCACUAAGGAAGCCCAUGAGUUUCCACAGUUGCUAUCACAUGCGCACAUACCCGAUGAUAUGUGGAAAGAAGAGACACUGACUGUGCAAUGGCAGCAAAAGGUAUUUAGUCAAAAGGAACGCGGGAUGUACAUGCAGCCAAUGGGAGUGCAUGUGCAACAGUCUUGUCCUCGCAUUGCUGGGUAUCACCAGGAGUUGCUCGCUGCAGCACAAAGGAACACUGAGGUGCCUUGGUCAACCGCGGAAGAGGAGGUGAAGAGGUGUAUCUACACCUACACCGACGGAGACAUAAGAGAAACACUUCCCUUUCUCUUCCUCCGGAUGCAGCGGACUGGUGGCGGAAACCUUGCGCUCCCCGUAUGUCUGCACAUGGCCCUUUUAGAGACUUUGUUUCCUCUGGAGCCGCCUGCUGAUGCCCAACAGAAGCAAUCCUUUUUCAUUAUGGCACAGCUAGAGGGAAUGGGGUAA